AUGGCGGCUGAAUCUUGUUGGAUCUUACUGGAGGCCAAGGACGGCCCGCUGAACUACAUUAGAGCGAGCCAUGCGAAAAACUGGCCUAUCUUGUAG